CAUUACUUGUCAACAUACUCAGAAGGGGAGAAGGUGGUGUACUUGAAUGCUAACAACUGUGGUGGCCAAAACAAAAAUCUAGUGGUAACCAGUUAUCUGGCAUGGAGGGUUGCUAAUGGGCUUCACCAGGGUAUCUUCCUUCAUUUUAUGAAACCAUGUCAUGCACGCUGCAUGGUAGAUGGUAUGUUUUGACUGAUUAGGAGGAAAAUUAGGAGGAGUGAAUUGUUAACAGACUUGGUGACCUGAAGAUGGCAAUUGAGGCUUCAUCCCAACACAACAAAGCCAAGCUAAUGUCAAGUGCGUCUGAAAACUCCUGGCAAUGGUAUGACUGGAAAGGUUUCUUCAAAUCCACCUUCAGGGCUGUUCUAGGAAUCGCAAAAAAUCAUCACUUCCAUUUCUCCUCAACCUUUCCAGGAAUUGUUAAGGUAAAAAAAUCCGUAGAUGACGAAGAGAAAGACAUUCGCCUUGUAAAGAGAGGGAAACACAUUCCAGAGUGUCUGCCUGCUCCAGUGGAACCGCAGGGACUGUCACCCACCCGGGCAUGGUAUUUGUAUAGACAGAUCCGUCCAUUUGUCCGUGGGCCUCACAAGGAUGACUUGUGUCCAGUGCCUUCUGCUGAUGAAGUCCAGACUGGUGCUAAUGUAACAGAGGAGUAGGCUGCUUUCUUCCAUGUGAUGGGAAAAAUCACUAUGUGGUAUCAAAUAAAGUUUAUAUUUUAAAACCAAAUUAUGAACUGAGCUUGAAUGAAAUUGUUUUUGAAGAAUGCUUUGAUUGCAUAUUUUAU